AGUCCAGCGGUGAAACGUCACUUGUGAUUUUUUUUCCCCCACGUUUUCUCUCACCUCUGUCCCAAAACUUGUUCCGACAGCGCGAUGUUACUCGCUCGGCCCGCGGACCGAUCGUCAGCCGUACAAUGCGCGCGCGCGCACGUCGCAGUGACCAGUGACGUCACGCGCGGUAGAAGGAGAAGCAAGGUGCACGUUACAUCGGCGGCGGCGGCGUACAUCUCUGAUUGUCCUUUUUAAAUAAUAUACUCUGAAGGAAAAACCGAGAAGAGAAUAUAGUGAACUUUAAAAGUGGUGUCCCGUAAAAGAUUAAUUUUGAGAAAAAAAUGACCUCGAAGUGCACGAAAAUAUAUUCAUCCGAGGAGGAGUAGAUAAGAGAAAAGGUUGCAAGACGGAGAAGAAAGAAUGGCGGACGUCUCGUUGUGUACGAAAAUUUGGCACGCGUGAACAAAAUGAAAAGGGUACACUUUCGUGUCAACAGAGUAUCUUAAACAUCAAAGACUAACAUACUUGAAGGCUUUUGAAGGAUUCGAAGAGGAAUAACGAAUGUCACAAUUAAAAUAUGUUUGGAUCACUACGUAGCAAGUUUCAAACUGUGCAAGAAGGUAUAUCUGCUAGUAUACGAGGUCUAUCAACUGCUGAACAUCCAAAGAACAAGAAGUUUGUCAAUGUUCGAAAAGUAAAUUACAAUGCGGGUGCAGAUGUAUUGCACCACUUCCAAUUGCAGUGGAAUGAGCUUCACGAGCUUGCAGAAGAAAAUGCAGGGAAGGCUCAGGAAGCUGAUACAUUGAUAUCCUCUAUUUACGACAAGCUUGAACACGAAUGGAACAAUGUUGCAUGUUUAAAUAGCACUCUAGCCUAUAUUCCAAAGAUUAACAAUGCACUUCAAGAUCUUAUGGAUCAAAUAGGUAAUUUACAAGAAAUGUUUGAGGAAGUUGAAGGAGCUUUGUAUCGAUUGGAAGAUUUGAAUGAAAUGUUAGAUUUGCAAAAUAGACAGCUGGAUCAUAGAUUUCAAUUGGCUUUGUACAAAGAAAAGAAGUUGAUAGAAUUAAAUAAUUUCAAAGCAAAACUUGGUAAAGAGCACGUUGAGAGAGUCUCUCAACAUGAAUUAAAUCAACAAAAAAAAUUGAAGGAACGUCGAGAGACCUUUGAAGAGGCUUUCAAAGAGGACCUUGAAGAAUACAAAGCAACUGGAUCUAUAUCAAAACUGCCAGUUUCUCAACAAGGCCCAUCUUUGGAUGAAAUAGUAUUAGACAUCGAUUCUAAGAUAUUUGAUGAAUUUUUAGAAAAUUAGAAAAAAAGAAACCAUAAGCUUACGUUAUUACAAAAGUUAUGAUGUUCAAUUCAAGAUGAAAUUGUGUAUGCAUUGUAUGAAAUGUAAUCUUUUUAACUGCAUUUUUUAUAAUUAGAUAUUAAGGCUGUGGUUUGGACAAUUCAAGCUUUCUAAUAUAAAGAGACCUGAAAAAUAGCCAAAAAUUUUUCGGAUAAAUUCUUCCAGAAUCUUGUAUACAUCACUGCUUAUAAAAAUUGUUUUUUAAAUUAACAUUUUGUAUAAUUUUUUGUAGAUAUAUUUUGUUAUUGUAUUAUGUAUUGUUUAACAUUUUGAUUAAAGAGAAAUCUGUUUUGAUUCCUAUAAGAAACUUGUAUGUAUAAAUGUAUGAGAAAAAAUUAUAAAAUUUUAUUAAUAAAAAAAAAUAUUGUAUUGUGCAUAUAUAUAAGUCGAUAUCGUGCAAGUUCUUUAUUUAACACAAAUUUAAAAUUAGCUUUGGAACAGCUGAUUACCAGAGACCAGAGCGCCAUGGAAAAUCGUGACACUAUUGCAUGCGGCACUUUAUCAGUGUUUGAAUUAACGAAUUAAAAAGCUGAUUAAAAUUUAAUCCAUCAUUUAAGAAGAGCCAAACAACUAGACAUUCUUUUAGGGGGAACGAAGAGUUUGUCGAUAAGUAAUAAACAAGCAAGCCUACAAUGGAUCCGAAUUUUCAGAGAAGAAGGAGAAAGGAAGGAAUCUAUGAUAAGUUUCAUAGAGGCUUUGUAAAGACCUGCAUGACUGUCACAGGAAUUGCCUCCCUUUUCCUCGGUUAUAAGGUUUAUGAAUAUUUUCGAUAUGUUCGACCUUUGCAUAAUGCGCAGAAAAAAUUGGCUCAGGAAGAACUCCUCAGUGAAGGUAGAAGCAUAGAAGACUCUCCGAGUAUAGAAUUGUCAACGUAAGGUACAAUAUGCAGCUGAGAUAUCUUGGUAUAUAAUUGAAGAAAGAAAUAAAAAAAGUUAAAUGUGAAAGAGAUAACAUCAAGCAAUGUAUUCACAAGAAUCAGAAAUACUUGUACGUACUGCAAAUAAAGUUCACUUUAUAAUGAACAUAUAAAUUGUAAACCUCACAGUAGAUGAUAAAAUUGAGAAUUAUGCUCAGCGGAAAUGUAAAUAAACUUGACACAAUGUAUACAUUAUUAUGUUUUGUAUAAUAAAUAUAGAAUAUAUUCCAUUA